AUGGCAUCACCUCGACUCAGUUUUAGACAAAGUUUGGUUUCUCCACAUUCUAAAUCAUUAUCUACUGUUCCUUUAGUUGUAUUUUUAAGUGACCAAAAUGAAAUUAUACAAACUAUGAAAACAGUUCCACCAGCAUCAAUGCUUAUUUGGGUUUUAACACCAACAAGUGAAUCAACAAAGUUUGGAAUAACUAUUUUCUUUAAUUUAAAAUACAUUAAAGAAAAGAAUAAAUAUAUUUACAUUUAUUUAGAGGAAUUACUAUUACAAUUAAAUACUAUAAUUUAA